CUUCUUCUGGCUAGGGUUGAAGGAUCUCUCGGCUUCUCUGCUGAGGGAAACUGUCCAGCCCAGGACCCCUGUCGGCCAGGGUGGAAACAAGACACCCUGUCCAAACAGUUCUGGGAGGUGAGGCCGGAUGGCUGAUUAGACUGCUGGCAGGAUUCUAAGGGAGGGCCCUACUGUAGCCCUGUUGGAGCACCAGUCAGAAGCCUCAUUGCCCCUGCUGGCUGCAGGGAGCACCCCUAACCGCCUUCCCUCCUUCCAAGACCACCGAUUCAAGCCUCACGCACUACCAUCAGCAUCUUUGCUCCAGACACGGAGUUAGCAGUCUGGUGAUUUCAUGACGGCCAAAACCAUGGGCAGGAGGGAUGUCCUUGCCCUCUUGUCUUACAGGGCGGGGAAACGUAGGCAGGCAGGACAUUCCUUACCCUUACUUCUCCCUAAGGUGGGCGGCAGCCAUAGCCCACCUGCAGAGAGCUGGGGAGGGGCUCCCCCUGUUCAGUCCCACUGUUUUUGGUAAACGGGAGUGAUCUAAUUAAUGGGACCCUCCUCAGUUAAUGCGCCUCUUCCAUUUCCCACUUACCCCUUUCUAAGAUGUGACGGCAACUCGUGGACACUCAGUUUUGGAGGUGGUCCCCAGCCGAGGCUGGAGACCGCGCACGUCGGCAACAGCUCCUCCCUUUGGACCCAGCCCUUGGGAGGGAAAGGGGCGCCUGUUCCUUUAAGGGGCUGGCCAGGCGGGAGCGCGGGGAUUUGUCCGCAGCCGCUUCCUUUCAAGCGCUUCAGGAUCCCUGGGACCCGGACCGUCCGAGGCCAAGCGCUCCGGCCGUCGAGGAGCCGCCUGGGGACGCCUGCCCCAGGCUCCAGCCUUGUCCCGGACACCCUGGCCCUGCGGCCGUGCGUGACGCCAUGUGCCCUCUGCUCCUGUUGUACCUGCUGCCCUGUGUCUCCGGGCUGCCCUUCUACAACGGCUUCUACUACUCUAAGCCCAAUGGCUGGAACCUGGGCAACAGCCACGGCGAAGGCGUCUUCAACGGGGUGAGGCUGGUGGUAGAGACGCCCGAGGAGACCCUGUUCUCCUCCCGAGGGGCCAAUGUGACCCUGCCGUGCCACUACCACUACGAGCCGGCCCUGCUGUCCCCGAGGCCCGUGCGCAUCAAGUGGUGGAAGCUGUCAGAGAACGGGGCCCCGGAGCAGGAUGUGCUGGUGGCCAUCGGGCUGAGGCACCGCUCCUUCGGAGACUACCGAGGCCGGGUGUGUCUGCAGCAGGACAGGGAGCGCGAAGUGUCGCUGCAGAUCGGGGACUUGCGGCCGGAGGACUACGGGCGUUACCGCUGUGAGGUCAUUGACGGGCUGGAGGACGAGAGCGGCCUGGUGGAGCUGGAGCUGCGGGGUGUGGUCUUUCCCUACCAGCACCCCCAGGGCCGCUACCUGCUCAACUUCCGUGAGGCCCAGCGGGCGUGUGAGGAGCAGGACGCGGUGGUGGCCUCCUUCGAGCAGUUAUUCCGGGCCUGGGAGGAGGGCCUGGACUGGUGUAACGCGGGCUGGCUGCAGGACGCCUCGGUGCGGUACCCCGUCACGCUGGCCCGGCAGCCCUGCGGUGGCCUGGGCCUGGCGCCCGGGGUGCGCAGCUACGGCCCGCGUCACCGCCGCCUGCACCGCUAUGACGUGUUCUGCUUCUCCGCUGCCCUCAAGGGGCAGGUGUACUACCUGGACCACCCUGAGAAGCUGACGCUGGCCGAGGCCAAGGAGGCCUGCCAGGAAGAUGGCGCCCGGAUUGCCAAGGUGGGCCAGCUCUUUGCCGCCUGGAAGUUCCGUGGCCUGGACCGCUGUGAUGCCGGCUGGCUGGCAGAUGGCAGCGCCCGCUACCCUGUGGUUCACCCGCGUCCCAACUGCGGGCCCCUGGAGCCUGGUGUCCGAAGCUUCGGCUUCCCAGACCCGCGCAGCCGCAGGUACGGCGUUUACUGCUACCGCCCACGCUAGUCCCCGCGCACCUGCUGUCCGCACGGGCCCCGCACCCUCCCCUCUCAGGCUCUAUUUAUUGAGUGGUUCCUUGUUCCUUGCAGGUUGGGGCCAUUUUUGUAUUGCUUUUAUACUUCUCAAAUUAAAAACAAAUUUUGAAAUUGCGGA